GGAAAAACCCACUUUGCCCACAGUUUUCAGAGCAAAAGAGACUUUAUGUGAGAACAGACUGUUGAAAUGCUACUACAACUGCGAUGAACAAUAUUCUACUAACGGCAAGUGAUUCAGUCUAAAGGAGACUAAAAAGAAACAUGACUAGAGGUGUUGUGAUGCUUAAAACUACAUCUGUGUACACAGAUGUUUUGAUACAUCUUUUGUUGAUACUGGUCAAUGUUGAAGGAUGGACGUAUCACUGGAAGGACAACGAGACAAUGACCUGGAAUGAGACAAGGAAGUGGUGUCUAACAGAAUACACAGACAUUGUGAUGGUCCACAAUGAAAAUGUAACAUAUUUCCUUAAAAACCAUUUGAAAGAAAAAUCUUCAUCUCCCUACUACUGGAUUGGAUUGCGAAAAAUUAAAGAAACAUGGACGUGGGCUGCCAAUGGACAGAGUGUGAACUAUGAAAACUGGGCACCCAAUGAGCCCAACAACAACAAGGCAAAUGAGAACUGUGUGGAACUGUACACCAGCACAAACAAUAAAGGAAAGUGGAAUGAUGACAGCUGUAAAAAUAAAAAGCAUCCUGUAUGCCACAAAGCACAGUGUCCAAACAAUUGCACUGAUAGACAGGACUGCGUAGAACAAGUCAACAGCUUCACCUGUGUGUGUAAACCAGGUUUCUCUGGACCAGAGUGUGACACAGUCGUUUCAUGUGAACCACUCUCUGCACCACCACAUGGCUGGAUGGAAUGCUCCGGUCUGUAUGGGAAUCAUUCACUCAACUCAAAUUGUAAAUUUUCUUGUGCUGGUGGUUAUAAACUGAAUGGUACAGCUGAGCUCAGAUGCAAUUCCUCAGGUGCAUGGAAUGCACCACCACCUUCAUGUGCAGCGGAGUGUUUUCCCAUUCUUUUGUUUGGUGGUGGAUUGAUGAACUGCACUGAAGGACAUGACAGCAUCAGAUCUGCCUGUAGAGUACAGUGUCCACCUGGUCACUUGCUGCUGGGUUUUGCUGAGUUCACCUGCAGAGCUGAUGGCACAUGGGAGUCUUCCUUUCCACUAAUGUGUGCAAGUUAUGUCCAUUUUCUAAUUGCUCUUUUGGCAUCUGUUGUCAUCUCUGUGUUUUGUGGCUGUUUAUUUUGUUGCUCCAACUGCAGAAGGAGUAAAAAGGCAGUGAGAACUCGACAAGAAACGGUGAAUCCAGCAUAUGAAGCAGAACACACACCACUAGAGGGCCCUCUCUGUUCAGCAUAAACAUUUCUAAUCUAGAUGUCUAGACUGUUUAAUUAAAAUCCUCUUCUGUUCAUUUUUUUAGAGACUAGCUUUGUUUGCGCAAAUAUGAAAUAGUCAAUAAAUGAAAGUCAAUAAUCUUUUGCUCAGAAAUGCUUUAUGUUGUUCACUGUAGCUGUACAAAAACAAAUAAAUAAAAUUAAAAAACAAAACAAAAAAAGUGUGAGCUGGAGAAUGUGUGACAAUUAAAAAUCAUGAACGAUUGUAUUUCUGGCAUUAAACAACAGUUUCUUAAA